CAAAGCAUAGCACCGAAUAACGAUGAUGUCACGGUGACGAAUUCAGGUUAGGCUACCAAUGAAGAUAAGAGUUAUGACCAAGCAAUGCCCCCAAAUGACAGGGCAAUUGAUGGAGGUACAAGUGUUUAUGAUGUCACGAUGACUAAUUCAGACCAGACUACCAAUGAAGAUAAGAGUUAUGACCAAGCAAUGCCCCCAAAUGACAGGGCAAUUGGUGGAGGUACAAGUGUUUAUGAUACUAAUUCCGACCAGACUACCAAUGAAGAUAAGAGGUAUGAUCAAACAAUGCCACCAAAUGAUAGGGCACUUGAUGGAGGUACAACUGUUUAUGAGUAUGGGUCGGGCUCAUUGAUUCAAACUGAGAUGCCGAUUUCAUAUCCCAGCCACUCUUUAACCCAUGCAAAUCAACCCAUAAUUAAGGGUGGUGUUCCAUUUUCCCUGCCCAAAACACCCUCACCCCUUAACAUCUAUUAUGAUGCUAACACACUCAACGAGAUAUAUAACAAUGAUAUUUACAACGUGUGGGCUUGGGGUCCUUUAAAUUAACAAGGAUGACAGCAUUGCAUUAUAUUGAUGAGGAGGAAAUUUUAAAAACACAGAAGUUUUGAAACUCUCAUGCGAAAACACGGGAAUUUAGUUUAGGGUAUGAAAACACAGGACAUCGAGAACAGAUUCGAGUAACGUUGGUGAUUAGAG